CGUGCCGCUAAGAAGUGCCAGCAGCAGCAGCAUCUCGCGCUGGCACCCACUGCCCUCGCCACUGCCUCUCGUCGUCCCGUCCACGGAGCACGCUUCACAGCGCAGCCAUAGCUGGCGCGGUCGCUGCUCGCAUCCCGACCUCAUAACAUGGGUUUCCGGCAGCCAGGGUUGGUUGUUUUCACCUGCCAUCGCCACCUCGUCCUGCAAUCCCUCUCAGCGCGCCACCUCUCGGUCCCUCAUUUCUGGCUGGACAAGCGCCCAUCGCCUCGGGGCCUGUCGGAGUCGUCACUGCAAACGCCAGGCAGUCGCCGUGCAUGAUUCCGUGUUCGAGGAAUCGGUUCCUUGGUUUCUUCCAACGAGCGAGUCAACGACGCCGCGUCGUUGUUGUACGAGCAACGAGUUAUCCGUCGCCCUCGCAGCUGUCUCACUUGCGUCAACGCCAUCUGCUGCGCCAUCGCACUCCUCUCUCUCAGCACCGCUGUGCCAUCGAGUUUUUGCUUCACACGCCCCCCCGUGCGAAGUUCUGCCGUGCUACUGCUACAGCAGCACCUCAGUCCAUCCGGCACCCACGCAAUUCCAAGCGUCUCUCCGGGAGUGCGCUCCUCUCUCGCGGCGCUGCCGUCUGGCUACAGUCCGCCUGCCAGAAUGACUGCCUGCAUUUCCUCGCGCGCCGCGACCGCGUCUCGCGAAUCCGUGGCUGCGUCGCACGACGGCGGCGGCGGCAGCGGUCGCGGCGGCUCGUCGUGGUCGGACGCCAUGUCGAGCUACAUCAGCGCGCGCCAUCCCGCGCUCGCCGCACCGCCUGGCCCCGCCCGCAUCGCCGCCAAAGCCGCCGAGCUGCCGCGCGCCGAGUCCGUCUGCCCGAUUCCCUCGCUCAACUGGAAGGACGCCGCUGCAGGGCGCCCCGCCACUAGUACGGCGGCGCCGGCGCCAGAGUGCGCCUCGGCGGUGGGCGGCAUCGGCGGGGGGCUGACGAUGCCCGAGGUGUGUCCGAUCCCCGCCGUGCAUUGGCGGGCGGCGCGCGCACAUGACCCGCUAGGCGGGCCGCUGAUCCCAAAAGCGCUCUCUCUGCCCGCCUCGCCUCCCACCGGGUCGCCCACGCUCGCCUCCCACGUAGCCGUGUCGCGCGGCGGCGUCGCAGGCCGUCGCAUAGUGCCCCGAACCUGCAGCCUCAACGACGAUGCCGGAGAUGGCGGCGCAGCGGGUGUGAAGCCGUUGACGGCUAGCCGGCCGUUGGGGCGGUCGAGUAGUGUUGAGCAAUUCACCGACUCUUCCGCUGCGCAUGCGUCGAAUCCAAUCCGCCCCGCAAGCAGCGGCGGUCACGGCAGCAGCAGCGGCGCGUUCGCGAGCAGCGGCAGCCGGGGCCACAGGCGGCGGCAUUCCGCCCUGCCCGACUUGGGGGGUGGCAGCUUCACCAGCCCCGGCGGGCACAGCGCGCUCGCGGGGGGAAGCACCCCCGGUGAUGCGAGUCUUGUCGCCGCAGCAGCUGCCCUCGCCAGCGGAGAGGCCGGCGUGGUCGCCGCAGGCCCGGCGGGGCACGUGCGGUGGAACCCGCUGCAGCGCGGAGGGAGCACCGGGGGCGGCGGGCACAAGGCACGAGACCACUCCCCCGCGCGGCGCAGUCGCCUCAUCUGCAUGCGGCGCGCGGGGGGUCACAGCCGGCACGCCAGCUGGGACGGCUCGCACACACCCGACCUCAGCGCCCUGGCCGUGAGCACCGACGGGCAGCAGCGCGAGGGAGCAGCGGGCGGCGUGUGGGAGGCGGCGGGCUUCGCAGCGAGCGCCGUUGCUGAGGGCCGCCCUGGCAGUGGCAGCCGCGCCUCCUCCAUGGCGCCGCGCUCCUCUCACAUGCAGCCCAGCAUGGCGCGAAGUGCUGGCACCCACGGCCAUGCUGGCACCCACGGCGGUGCUGUGGUGCACGUGCCGGGCGAGGGGGAAGAGGCGGAGGCGGAGGAGGAGGAGGAGGCAGAGGAGUGCCCGUCAGUGUGCCUGAAUUGGGAAGGCGUGCAGCAGCUGUGUGCGGGCAUGCAGUUAGCGGGCAUCGCCAUCGACAGCAUUGACAUCCUCGCCCUGCCCCUCGCCCCCUCCACCCACUCCACCGCCCGCACUGCCGCCUCUCCCCCACCACCGCCCCCGGCACCGCUCGCAAAAGACCCCCUGCACGCGGCAGCAGCAGGACAGCCCACAAUGGAAGCGGCAGAGCGGGCCGCCGUGGGUGAGUGUGCUGCUGCGGCGCUGGAGCCCUGCUCGCUGCAUCAACCUAGCACUGCUCCCUGCACCUCCUUCGCCUGCCACUCACCUGCAGCAGCAACGGCGGCAGCAGCAGGGGGGGCGGCGGAGUUUGAGGUGCUGCUGGCAGUGCGGUUCUGCGGCAUGUCCGGGUGGUACCACCCGGGGGACGACGCCACCAGACACAGGUUCCAGAUCUGACCACUGCCACAUGCACGCGUUCUUAAAGCCCGCGGCUAAAAUAGCAGACCUGGAAACCACUUGAAUCUGGUACUUUGAAAUCCAAGUAUAGAAUGGAAGGCAGUUUUGAGUUCAAGCCUGAACAAGAAAAGUGCGUCGAAACAAAUUCUGGUCGAGCUUGCUGAUUGGAGGAAUGACGAAAGAACUCGCUGCGACACGAUCAUUUGGAUGCGAAUUGCGCAAAAACACUAUGUGCAUC